UCUGUUAUCGGUACAUGUUUAGCCGAAACCCGCUUUAUAAAAGCGCUGCACGAGCUCUCUAAGCUCAGUUUGUACGGCUUGCGAGAUGUAUAAAGAAGUGGGUGUACUUUUGCUCCUAGUUCUACUUGAGUUUUCUGGUCAAGUGCUCGGGGAGUGUCGUUUUAGCCAUGAUUACAUUCAAAAUUCGCUGGGAACCUUUACCACGAACGAUGUCCAUGGCAAGUUACAGCUACUGCGAUUCGGUUCUGUUGAUGAGGGCACAAUUCUAGGAGUACUCUGUCGUGAAGAUGGUGGUAAAAUAGUAACUCACAACAUUGGUUGUCGACGUGGCAGUCUUAAUCCGAUUGAUCCAAUACGUUGUGUGGAUACAAUUGUAGCCAAAGUUCAUUUGACAGACAAAGAUAAUUCCUGCCCGGCGAGCAUGUAUCGUAUUGGAAUUGAAAUUCAAAAUGAAUUCUUGGAGUUGUAUCGCGCCUGCUAUGAUAAAGGGAAUGUUCGAUCAUAUUUCUCGGAAGCUACAAUCUAUAGGAAAAAAAUCCAUUCCAAAUUGAAAGCACGUCCCCGUUUCUCAACUGAUGAACUCAUCACACCAGCACAGGAAGCAUCUUUUCAAACCAAAAAUAUUUAUAAGACUUUCGUUAAAACCUAUGGCUCUAAUCAGAAGUAUAUGAAGAAAGACGAAAACGGCAGACCCUUGUUAUUGAUUAAUCGUGGACAUCUAACCGCCUCGAGUGACAUGCUCUUCGCUGAUCAAAUGACAAGCACUUUCAAGUAUCUGAAUGUUGUGCCUCAGUUCGAGAGCAUCAAUAGCGGCAAUUGGAUGCAAAUUGAACAUUGGGUUGGCAAUAAUAUUCCUGAAAAAUCUUUUGUGCACUUGCGAACUGGUGCUUUUGGUUUACUAAGUCUUCAAGAUACUAAAUCGAAACCCACUAUGCAACCAGCUUUUCUUAUUCCCGAUAAAAAACAGAAUCCCGUGCCUGAGUGGAUGUACAAAAUAGUGCGGGAUGCGAAUAAUCGUCUGCUUCAUGUGUUUUUAACUUAUAAUAAUAUUUUUAACCUAACCAAACCCAAGGCACAUGAAUGCUGCAAAACAGUUGCAUGCCCUCUAAAACUGGAAGAUUCCUCUUCACUUGGCUUCACUUAUUGUUGUGAGCCCCAACAAUUUGUUGAAUGUGUACAUAGAAAAUAAUAGCAACAUAUAAAAGCUUAUAAUUUAGAUAAGACUAUCCAAAAAUGUAAAAUAUUUAAACAAAUAAAUUGAAUUAAAAGAAA